AUGUUUAAAACAACUUUUGCUAAAGUAUCAUUGAUUAAACAUGUCAUUGAAUUAACAAGAAAGCUAGUUACUAAUAUUAAUAUUGAGUUUACAAAAUCUGGUAUCAACUUUACAAGCAUAGAUUUAUCAUACAUUGUACUCAUCUCUGUUCAUCUUGAUAAAAAAAGUUUUGAAAAAUAU